CAGAUAAUGCUUAAAGGAUUCUGCAGCAAUUCUUGGUAUUGGACCUAUUCAAAAUCUCUCCGACCUUUACCCUUCUGGCCCACUGCCUUCCAGCUUUAACUGAUUUGUGAUCCUUUCAAACAUUUUACAUGCUUUGCAAUGGUUACAUGAACUUUCUGGAAGCGGUAUUUUCACCAUCUCAUAUUUCAUUCACAAUGGGACUUUAGGAAAAGAAGUUGGAAUAAAAGCUUCCAAAACAUCAUUUUAAAAAAUGAAUCUUAUUGUGAAGCUUCGGAGAAGUUUCCGAACAUUGAUUGUGCUCUUAGCUACCUUUUGCCUGGUGAGCAUUGUCAUUUCUGCCUAUUUUCUCUACUCUGGCUACAAACAGGAAAUGACACUUAUUGAAACCACUGCAGAAGCAGAAUGUGCUGACAUUAAAAUUCUACCUUAUCGGUCAAUGGAGCUAAAAACAUUUAAACCUAUUGAUACAUCUAAAACUGACCCUAUGGUCCUCCUCUUUGUGGAGAGCCAAUAUUCUCAACUUGGUCAAGAUAUCAUAGCUAUCUUGGAGUCCAGCCAAUUCCAGUACCACAUGGUCAUUGCCCCAGGCAAGGGGGAUAUACCUCCUCUUACAGAUAAAGGCAAAGGGAAAUAUACUUUAGUUAUUUAUGAAAAUAUUCUAAAGUAUGUCAGCAUGGACUCAUGGAACCGAGAGCUUUUAGAAAAAUACUGUGUGGAAUACAGUGUUAGUAUAAUUGGUUUUCAUAAAGCCAAUGAGAACACCUUACCAAGUACACAGUUAAAAGGAUUUCCAUUAUAUCUCUUCAAUAACCUAGCUCUAAAGGACUGUUUCAUCAACCCUCAGUCUCCUUUACUGCAUAUUACCAAAGCCCCCAAGGUUGAGAAAGGCCCUCUUCCUGGGGCAGACUGGACUAUUUUCGAAUAUAACCAUUCAACCUACCAACCUGUGCUUUUAACUGAACUACAGACAGAAAAAUCCCCUUCAUUCUUGUCCAGUAAAAUACUUUACUCAACAGUAAUUCAGGAUCUGGGCCUUCACGAUGGAAUUCAGCGAGUUCUCUUUGGCAACAACUUAAACUUCUGGCUGCACAAGCUCAUCUUCAUAGAUGCCAUCUCCUUCUUGUCAAGGAAGAGACUGACAUUGUCCUUGGACAGGUACAUCCUCGUGGACAUUGAUGAUAUAUUUGUGGGGAAGGAGGGAACAAGGAUGAAUGCCAAAGAUGUAAAGGCAUUACUAGAGACUCAAAAUUUACUGCGCACUCAGGUUGCAAAUUUUACCUUCAACCUUGGAUUUUCAGGGAAGUUUUACCAUACAGGAACUGAAGAGGAAGAUGAAGGUGAUGACCUUUUGCUUCGGUCUGUGGAUGAGUUCUGGUGGUUUCCUCACAUGUGGAGCCACAUGCAGCCCCACCUGUUCCACAAUGAGUCAUCUUUGGUGGAGCAGAUGAUUCUCAACAAGGAAUUUGCACUGGAACACAGAAUACCUGUCAACAUGGGCUAUGCUGUGGCCCCUCAUCACUCAGGGGUCUACCCUGUUCAUAUUCAGCUGUAUGCAGCUUGGAAGAAGGUCUGGGGUAUUCAGGUCACCAGCACUGAAGAAUAUCCACAUUUAAAACCCGCACGGUACAGAAAGGGCUUCAUCCACAAUAGCAUCAUGGUCCUCCCUCGACAGACCUGUGGGUUGUUUACCCAUACUAUAUUCUACAAAGAGUACCCAGGAGGACCCCAGGAACUGGAUAAAAGUAUCAAAGGAGGUGAACUUUUCCUUACAGUCCUUCUAAACCCAAUCAGCAUUUUCAUGACUCAUUUAUCUAACUAUGGGAAUGACCGUCUAGGCUUAUACACCUUUGCGAACUUGGCCAACUUUGUGCACAGCUGGACCAACCUGCGUCUUCAGACUCUGCCACCAGUGCAACUGGCCCACAAGUACUUCGAGCUCUUUCCUGAGCAGAGAGACCCGCUUUGGCAGAAUCCAUGUGAUGAUAAACGACACAAAGACAUCUGGUCCAGGGAGAAAACUUGCGACCACUUACCAAAAUUCCUUGUAAUUGGGCCACAAAAAACAGGGACAACUGCACUUUACUUAUUUCUUCUUAUGCAUCCUUCCAUCAUCAGCAAUCUUCCCAGCCCCAAAACAUUUGAAGAAGUUCAAUUCUUUAAUGGCAACAACUAUCACAAAGGAAUUGACUGGUAUAUGAACUCUUUCCCUACUCCAUCCAACAUUACUAAUGACUUUCUAUUCGAGAAGAGUGCUAAUUACUUCCAUUCAGAAGAUGCCCCCAAGCGAGCUGCAUCUCUUGUCCCCAAAGCCAAGAUCAUCACCAUCCUCAUCAACCCUUCAGACAGAGCUUAUUCAUGGUAUCAGCACCAGAGAUCACAUGAAGAUCCAGCUGCCUUGAGGUUUAAUUUCUACGAAGUUAUUACAACAGGACAUUGGGCCCCAUCUGACUUAAAAACUUUGCAGAGGAGAUGCCUUGUACCGGGAUGGUAUGCAAUCCAUAUUGAAAGAUGGUUAACCUAUUUUGCUACUUCUCAGUUGCUAAUUGUUGAUGGACAGCAGCUGAGAUCUGACCCAGCUACUGUGAUGGAUGAAGUCCAGAAGUUUCUGGGAGUUACACCUCAUUAUAAUUACUCUGAAGCACUAACGUUUGAUCCUCAAAAGGGCUUUUGGUGUCAACUACUGGAAGGAGGAAAGACAAAAUGCCUUGGAAGAAGCAAAGGCCGAAAAUACCCACCCAUGGAUCCUGAGUCCAGAAGUUUCCUCUCUAACUACUACCGAGACCACAAUGUGGAACUGUCCAAACUGCUGCACAGACUGGGGCAGCCUCUGCCAUCAUGGCUGAGACAGGAGCUGCAGAAAGUGAGAUAGCACUGGGACUAGGCCAUGCCUCUCAAGAUACUUUAUCCUUGAGUAGAAAAAACAAGGCCCACAACUUUAUCCCUUAAUGCACUUGUGAUUUUCAACACAGGACUGUCUGAAUAAAUGUCCUUCAGUCUUUUUCAUAAAAUGAAAGCUAUUACAUAUGCACGCAUUGGCAAUUAUUAGCAUCAAUCCCUAUGUACGCUUUUCAGAAAAAAAAGAUGGGGGGUCUUGUGGCAUUAUCCAGUUUCUAAUGUGGGGAUUGUCGUACAGCUCAAUUCCUCUGUUAGCCAGAAGGUUUCAGAAAAUCAAUGUAUGACUAAUAAUGCUAAUGAUAUGCAAAUGGCCAAUUAAAAUUUUGAGGAAAAGAUAAAGACUGAAGUGUACGUAAAUGAAGUUAGUAGUAACUUAAUAUCUAAAUUAAGGGCUAACAUUUUCCCCUGGCUAAUUUUAAAACAAUUUUGCUUUUCUAUGAAAAGAAAUUAUAUAAUCCCAUACUCUUAGUUUGUGAAUGAUUAUUAUUUCUUUUAUUUACCCCACAUAUAUUUUCCUCUAUUGUUACUGCCCUUUAUGGUUUUUUGAAUUGCUAAAAAAAAGUUGUGAAGUUGCAGCCUAGAUGGUUUUCCUCUUUUACAAGGGGAAAUAUUAUUGAUUCAUUAACAUUACUGUUUUAUCUGACAGGGUAUGGAAUCCUCAGUGAAUCUAGAGUUCAUUCCAAUAAAAUCUGUUAGGAAGUUUUGGGGAAAAGUAGGAGUCAAAUCUGCAUAAUAUCACUGUUAUGUGUAAGGUGAUUUUUAAAUGGGUCCGGGAUCUUACUAUAUUAUUAAUCUAGAUAUUCCACCUUGACCAUGAUGUAGUAUUUUGUAUGCUUUUUCACUAUCCAAGCUAGAAAUGAAAAACUUUAUCAAUAAGGUAUUAAAUGAAGACACCAAGAUAUGUUUGCAGGUAUACCAAGGCAUUGUACCUUUACUGUAGUGUACGUCAAUCUUCUCAAAGCAUGGAUUUUUUCAUACAUAUUAGUACAUUUACUAUUGUAGAAGAUUACGUUUUUAAUGUCUAUUUUGAAAAAGAAAUAUAAUCAAAAACUUGCCUCUUUAAACAUCACUAAUUCUCUAACUUGAACCAAUUCCUCACUCAUGUUACCCAAAAAAUUAAUUGCUAGAGAAGUGACUUUCUUUUGACUUCGAGUUAUAGGUUCCUAUCCUAUUUGGAGGUUGUUGUCAUGCUAGUUGGAUCUUUAUCCCAUUUGUCAAUGAUGAUAUAGUAAGGCUUUGUUAAUCUUUUCAGUGAUACAUGAAGGUAAAAUUUCAAUGGCACGGUACAUCAAACUGGCUUUGAUAAUGUUAGCUAUCAAUCUAUCUGUUCUCCUCAAUAACUUUUCUAUAGCCUAUAAAUAAAAUGAUUUUUCUUAUAAUUUGAUAAAUUAUGCUUGUAAUAAUUCAGUAUCAAGCUGAAGACUUUUGUUUUUAUUUUUUGUUGUUUUAGGCAAGCAAAUCAAAUUGGAUAUUCUAAAAGAAAAUUAAGAAUUUUUAAUUUGAAAACCUAUCCUUGAAUUUAUACUUCAUUAUGACUUUUGUUUAUUUUCCUAAAAUCGUUUUCCUAGCAACCCCAGAAGCUGUUGAUCUUUUUCAGGAUAUGUAAUAUUUUUCUUGGAAAUCAGUUUAUAUAAUUCAUGCUUACUGCCAUGAUUGUUCUGUUAACUGUGGGGCUCAAACUGUCAGUGGUGUUACUCGUGUUGGCAUGUGAUCCAGGUACUCCAGGAACCACACUUAAAAUAAUAGGAAUUUUGUAUUUAGAGCUCUAACCUUUGGUUCAUUUCUUUAUUGGUUUCCUUUAGUUUAUGUUCUUUUCAUUUCUUAAAAUGAAGAUUAACAUUUUUGACCAAGUGAGAGAAAAUAAAUAUAUAUAAAAUAUAGAAGAGAUACUUUUCAUAUCUGGUAAAACUAAUACAACUCAUGAUUUUCCAACUCAUCAUCAUAUUCUUAAUGAUUAAUGUAACUCAUUUUCAUUUUCUGCAUUUUCUCAUUUUUCUCUCUGUAGAGUGUCACUGAUCCAGCUACAAAUAUCUGAGAGUAAACUUUCCCCAAACACCACUCUUCUCUUCUCCCCGUUAUUUCAAUCAACAUAAAUAUUUUCUUUAUUAAAGUUUGAUAAUGAAGACAAAAAAAUUUAACUAUAUAAGUUAAUCACACAAAAAAUAACUUGGAGAGAACCUGGACUGUAAUACUUUGCACUAUAAUAAAUCAGGAAAAAUAUGAGUUUAAAAAAUGUCUUGUACUGGUUGCGGUGGAGUGCACUUGUAGUUCCAGUGACUCAGGAGACUGAGAAGGAUUGCUUGAGUCCAUGAGUUGAGGCCAGGCCAACCUGGACAACAAAGAAAAACCUUGUGUGGAAAAGAAAAAAAAAAAAGGGCAUAGGUGGCACAAGCUUGUAAUUCUAGCUAUUCUGGAAACUGAGGCUGGAGUAUUUCAAGUCUGAGGACAGCCUGGGCAAUUUAGCAAGACCUUGUCUCAAACCAAAAAAAAUGUAAAUAAAUAAAAAGCAUGGGGACAGGAGAGCCAUUGAGUUCCAUCCCCAGUAUUACAAAGUAAAACAGAGGAAGGAGUAAGAUGAGGGGGUGGGAAGGAGGAAGAGAAAAGGAAGAAGAAUUUUUCAACCUUUACUCACUUUAGAAAUAUUGACUCAGAUUAAUUAUGUAAUUAUUGAAAUUUUUAAAUUUCAUUGUCUCUUAUGGCCUUAAAAGACAUCACUUUUUAGAAUUUUGAAAUACUUCCUAAAUCUUUUAAAGAUAAUUUUUUUUGUCUUCUGUCCUGAUUUUCUGUACCCCAAUUUCCCAACUCACAAAUAGAAUUAUUGAUUACUCCACUUUGAUAAAGGCUAGAAAAGUAUUUAAUUGUAAGUCCUCAUCAAAAUAUCAUAUA